UGGGUGGGAGCCCCAGGGCGGGACCGGGCCGGGCCGGGAUACCGAGCGCCACUGGGAUACCGAGAGCUAGCCGGGAUACGGAGCCGAGGCACGGAGCUGAGGCGGCGGCCCCGCCGGUGAUGCGCACUCCGCAGGGGCUGCCGGCCCGCUGAGGUCGGUGCGAGGAGCGCCGGCGGCGGCGGCGCGGCCAUGCCGUGCACCUGCGGGAACUGGCGGCGAUGGAUCCGGCCGCUCGUGGUGCUGCUCUACAUCGUGGGGCUGCUGGUGGUGGUGCCGCUCUGCGUGUGGGAGCUGCAGAAGCUGGAGGUUGGAAUUCAUACCAAGGCAUGGUUUAUCGCUGGGAUAUUUCUGCUAAUGACUAUCCCAAUAUCUCUCUGGGGGAUACUGCAACACUUAGUCCAUUACACUCAACCUGAAUUGCAGAAACCAAUAAUAAGGAUUCUGUGGAUGGUGCCGAUUUACAGUUUAGACAGUUGGAUAGCUUUGAAAUACCCCAAGAUUGCAAUAUAUGUGGAUACAUGUCGAGAAUGCUAUGAAGCUUAUGUCAUCUAUAACUUUAUGGUUUUUCUUUCAAAUUACUUAACCAACCGGUACCCAAACCUGGUGUUAAUAAUAGAGGCGAAAGAUCAGCAGAGACAUCUGCCCCCUCUCUGUUGCUGUCCCUCGUGGGCUAUGGGAGAAGUUUUAUUAUUUAGAUGUAAACUGGGUGUUUUGCAGUACACUGUUGUCAGACCAUUUACUACCAUCAUUGCUUUAAUUUGUGAACUGGUGGGAGUGUAUGAUGAAGGAAACUUCAGCUUCAACAACGCAUGGACUUACCUAGUUAUACUUAACAACAUGUCACAACUAUUUGCCAUGUAUUGUCUGGUGCUGUUUUAUAAAGUACUGCGUGAGGAACUGAACCCUAUCCAGCCUGUUGGCAAGUUUCUUUGUGUGAAGAUGGUAGUUUUUGUUUCUUUCUGGCAGGCUGUGCUCAUUGCAUUGCUGGUGAAAGUUGGUGUUAUUUCUGAGAAACACACCUGGGAUUGGCAAAGUGUGGAAGCUGUGGCUACAGGCUUACAGGAUUUUAUUAUUUGUGUGGAGAUGUUUCUGGCUGCUAUUGCACAUCACUACAGUUUUUCCUAUAAACCUUAUGUUCAAGAGGCUGAAGAAGGCUCAUGCUUUGACUCCUUCCUUGCAAUGUGGGAUAUUUCUGAUCUAAGGGCAGAUAUCUCCGAACAGGUUCGAAAUGUGGGGAGGACAGUUUUGGGCCAGCCAAGGAAAAUGUUUUUUGCUGAGGAUCAUGAACAAAAUGAGCAUACAAGUUUACUGUCUUCAUCUACUCAAGACCCAAUUUCUGAUGCUUCUUCAAUGCCAUCUUCACCCAUGGGUCACUAUCAGGGGUUUGGACACACUGUGACCCCUCUCACAACACCGACGACAGCCCCUGCAGUGGAUGGGAUUUUUAACCCUUCUGCCAGUCAGGAUGCUGAGGAAUCACCUGAACUAGAGAAUAACUUAGCAGAGAAAGCUCUGGAUAAAAGUUAAACUUGCCUUUUCUUUGAAUGUGUCAAGGAGUCAUUACAUACUUGCCACACGUGUCCUGUUAACAUGUACUGUUAAGGAUGGAAGUUGAAAAGCUUGAGAAAGCUGCUGCAUGGACAGGAAGAGGAUAUGGUAUGGCUGUAACUGACAUCUGAAUCCAGAAUCUAUAAUGGAUGUGAGCAUCUGUGAGUACCCCAUGGAUAUGAAACACGCACACUGUAAAGGUUUCUGCAUAAAUUUAAGCAUCAUCUUAAACUGCUAAAUGCUUCCACAUCAUAUCAAAAUUACACUGAAUUUCAUUAGUGCAAAAGAAACAUUUAAAAAAAAUCCUCUGCUCAUAUAAAAAUGAAGUGCAAGUACUACUAGCAAUGGGAAAGCCUAAUUUCAGGAAUGUAUUUUAAGGAGAGCAGUAGCAAAAACUGUUUGUGUUAACUUUGCUUGUCGUAAUGAUGGUUAACUUCCAUAGCCAGUGCUGAAUGGAAUGUGGGUGAAAUGAUAGCUUCUGUACAGAUGCCACCUUCUUCCCAUUCCUACAUAGCUAAAUAAAGUCCCUUCAUGAAGAUAGUUACUACCCAGCAUUAGUAAAGAAGCUCUACAAAGAAAACAUUCCCUGCAGGCCUUGCUAUCAAAGCCCAUGCCCAGAUCAUAUGGUUGGUGUAUCUGUUGUCUUUGAGGCUCAUAGUUUGUAAGUCUUUUAUAUCCAGAAGAGACAGCCAGGAUGGUAGGUUUUGGAUUGAUACUUUACCUUGACUAUUCUUUUCCCUAGCCUUCUGAAAUAAGAAUAAUGGUUACUUACCUUAAAAUACAUGGAGGGGAAAUGAAGGAUAUCAAAAAGUAGAAAACAAAACUGAUUUCUUUAUUUUGGGCUGCAGUAAGUUCUUUAACACUUAAGUUUUUUUAAGCUGUUAAAGCAGGAUAUCUUGUGUCUGUAGUAAUUUGUGUUCUUAAAUUUGUGUCUGUGUGUGAUCGUAUUAUGCUUCUAGUAUAGCCUGGAUUCAAAUGUAAUAGCUAUUUUUUCCCCCAGAGAAGACCUUUGCCGAGGUAAAACUAUGUAGUAAUCUAAUACUGGAGUUACUAGGACUAGAUUUCAGCCCAAGAAGCAGUACACUUUUAUCAAAAUGUUACUUUGCAAAAACUGACAAUGUCAGAGAGGCAUUGUUUUUAUCCCAUUAUCAGAUUUUUACUAUUAUUGCAUGUUUGCAAUCUGACAAAAACAACCAAACCAGUAGAACACUCCUUUUUAAAUGACAAGAUCUUAAGUUUCUUUUUCAGCAUUGUUAGCAUUUCCAGGAUAAAUGUUUAACUUCUGGCUGUCAGUAAAUUCAUCUUAAGUGCUUUUUUUGCAGUACUAGUGUGAUGUAAAUAUUGCGCCUUACUCACUAGGCUGCAUAUUUUAUAGCUGAAAUAUGUACUUGCUGUAUCUGAAGUUAGUGAGAAAGUGAAAAUCAUGAUUUUCAAUUUGCCAACUCAUUGCCUUUGUUGUAAAUAAGCAAUUAAAGAUUUUAUUUAAACAGUU